UCCACUGGUUUCUAGAUUCUCUUCUGGUUCGCCGAGAGAGAGAGAGAGAGAGAGGGAGAGAGAGCGCACACCUCCUCCUAUCUUGUUCCCCCAAGAACUCCGCCCUCGAAUCCACGAGAAAGAAAAUUUUGAUUUUUUCCCCCCUAUCAGCAAUGGCGAUAAAGGCCCCUAUUGGCGGCCUGAGGGUGGCCUCCCCGCCGUCGGCCUCACUGCGAGCCCUUCCCAAGAGGGCUAUCGUCGCUUGCCCACCCCUCCGGACCUCCUUCUUUAACGGCGGAGUGGGUGCUCUAAAAGCCGUGGAGAUUCGAACAUCCAGGUUUAACAGACAGAGAUGUGGUGGGCUUGGAGGGGGUGGUCUUGGUGCCCAGAUGAACCUAUUUGAUCGGCUAGGCAGGGUAAUCAAGUCCUAUGUAAAUGCCAUCGUAAGUUCUUUUGAAGAUCCAGAAAAAAUAUUGGAACAAGCUGUAAUGGACAUGAACAAUGACUUGACAAAGAUGCGCCAAGCCACCGCUCAGGUAUUAGCAUCCCAGAAGCGUUUGGAGAACAAAUAUAGAGCUACACAGCAAGCUUCUGAUGAUUGGUAUCGUAGGGCACAACUUGCUCUGGAAAAAGGGGAUGAGGAUCUUGCUCGUGAGGCCCUUAAGAGACGUAAAUCUUAUGCUGAUAAUGCAAGCUCCCUAAGAGCUCAGCUUGAUCAGCAAAAAGGUGUGGUUGAUAAUCUUGUAUCCAAUACCCGGCUUUUGGAGAGCAAGAUACAGGAAGCUAAGUCAAAGAAAGAUACUCUAAAAGCUCGUGCUCAGUCAGCAAAGACUGCAACAAAAGUGAGCGAAAUGUUGGGAAAUGUCAAUACAAGUGGUGCUCUUUCAGCAUUUGAGAAGAUGGAGGAAAAGGUUAUGGCAAUGGAGUCUCAAGCAGAGGCCCUUAAUCAGUUGACAACUGAUGACCUAGAAGGAAAGUUUGCAUUGCUUGAAAGCUCAUCAGUGGAUGAUGAUCUUGCAAAAAUGAAAAGAGACUUGUCAGGAAGCUCUUUGAGAGGAGAACUUCCUGCUGGUAGAACAGCAGCUAGCAGUUCAAAUGCAGCAUUUCCUUUCCGAGACAUUGAGAUUGAGAAUGAGCUCAAUGAAUUGCGAAGAAAAGCCAAGGACUACUAGAGCUUUCAGCAGCUGUCUUGCAGGAAGUCCAUCUCAUCACUUGCUCUCAGUAAAUUCAGACGCCUUUUUUUUUUUUUUAUAGUACCAGAGGAUUUUGUUAUGAUACUUGAAAAGAACAAAUCGGAGUAUCUCAUGAGAUUAUAAAAUCGGAGGAUUUUAUACUAUUGACACAUCAAGGAUUGUGCCUUGGUAUUUUAUUAAAGCAUGUAUUCAGUAGCAACAUAUUAUUGUAAUUAGUCAAGCUAUGAUACUCCUUUCUUCUUUCCGCCUAA